AUGAAGUGCGCAUUGAGUCUCGUCGCUCUCGGCCUCGCCGCGACGGCGCAAGCAGCUUACUACGAGUACACCACGGUGACGGGGUACUUCCUGCAAGAUGAGGCCAGCACCAACCCAUCCACCUUUGACUACACAGCCAACAACUUCGGCCUGAUCAACCGCACCUACGAUGCGGACGAGAACACCAAACUCACGCAAUGGCAGCGCUUCUACAAUCACGUCCACGAGCUCAACAAGAACGCCCCCCACAAGACAGAGUACAAGGUUUUCUUCUUCGGCCGCCACGGCGAGGGCUGGCAUAAUGCCGCCGAGAGCUUCUAUGGCACUCCUGCUUGGAACUGCUACUGGUCCCUCCUCGACGGCAACGGCACCGCAACCUGGGCCGACGCAGACCUGACCCCCGCAGGAGUCGCACAAGCCCAAAAAGCCCACAACUUCUGGGCCUCGCUGAUUGCCAGGGAGGGAAUACACACGCCCGACGCGUACUUUGUCAGCCCGCUGACGCGCGCGCUGCGCACGGCGAACAUCACGUUCAGUGCGCUGGACUUACCCAAGAAAGCUGCGGCGUUUAAGCCAUUGGUGAUGGAGACGCUGCGCGAGGGGAUAAGUCUACAUACGUGCGACCACCGGCGGAGUCGAUCGUAUAUCAGCAAAUUAUUCCCCGGGUGGGAGAUUGAAGAGGGGUUCAGCGAGGAGGACGAGCUGUGGAAUGGGGUGACUGCGGAGACGAGUGCGGCGGAGGACGUGCGGAGCAAGAGCGCGCUGGAUAAGAUGUUUGAGCGGACAGAUCCCAAGGAUCUGUUUGUGAGUGUGACGGCGCAUUCUGGGGAGAUCGGCAGUCUGCUGCGUGUGCUUGGGCAUCGGGCGUUCUCGCUUAACACGGGCGCGGUGAUUCCUGUGCUGGUCAAGGCAACGAAGUUCUCGGAUAAGUGCGCGCCUGCGCCGACCAAGGUCCCCUGGACUACUUCGGCACAUUGUACGGCGCCGCCGGUUACGUCGGUCACGGCGUGUGUGUGUGCGUCGUCUGCUGCGCCGGUCACGACGCCUUUGGCCACGGGGUUUUAA